GGGAAUCUUUUUCGGGCGCCGGGGGCGGAGGGCGGGGAGCGCGCGUGCGCGCGCCCGGCCGUCCGUCGCCGCGGUGACCGUUCUCGCAGCCCGUCGGCUCGCGCCCCGCCCCUGUCGCCCCCUCCCCUGUAGCGCGCUGGGGCUGUUUUUCGCUCCUUCGGAGUUACCGCCGCCGUCUCCGCUGCUCCUCCUCUCCCGGUCUCGGGCUUCCCUGGCGGUGCCGCCGCUGCUACCUCUGCGGGCUAUAUGAGGAGGAGGAGGAGGAGGAUGUGAAGAUGGCGGAGCUGCAGAUGCUGCUGGAAGAGGAAAUCCCGGGGGGCCGCCGGGCCCUCUUCGACAGCUACACGAAUCUGGAGCGGGUGGCCGAUUACUGCGAGAACAACUACAUCCAGUCAGCAGAUAAGCAGCGAGCCCUAGAAGAAACCAAAGCCUACACCACCCAAUCUUUAGCAAGUGUCGCCUAUCUGAUAAACACCUUGGCCAACAAUGUCCUGCAGAUGCUGGAUAUCCAGGCAUCCCAACUACGAAGGAUGGAAUCUUCAAUUAAUCAUAUUUCACAAACAGUUGAUAUUCAUAAAGAGAAAGUUGCAAGAAGAGAAAUUGGUAUUUUGACUACCAAUAAAAACACUUCAAGAACACAUAAGAUUAUUGCUCCCGCCAACCUUGAACGACCAGUUCGUUAUAUUAGAAAACCUAUUGACUAUACAAUUCUAGAUGAUAUUGGACAUGGAGUAAAGUGGUUGCUUAGAUUUAAGGUGAGUACCCAGAAUAUGAAGAUGGGUGGGCUGCCGCGUACAACACCUCCAACUCAGAAACCCCCCAGUCCCCCUAUGUCAGGGAAAGGGACACUUGGGCGGCACUCCCCCUAUCGCACACUGGAGCCAGUGCGUCCUCCAGUGGUACCAAAUGAUUACGUACCUAGCCCAACCCGUAAUAUGGCUCCCUCGCAGCAGAGCCCUGUGAGGACAGCUUCUGUGAAUCAAAGAAAUCGAACUUACAGCAGCAGUGGGAGUAGUGGAGGAAGCCACCCAAGUAGUCGGAGCAGCAGUCGGGAGAACAGUGGAAGUGGGAGUGUGGGGGUUCCUAUUGCUGUUCCUACUCCUUCUCCUCCCAGUGUGUUUCCAGCCCCCGCUGGCUCUGCUGGCACUCCUCCCCUUCCUGCUGCUUCUGCAUCUACCCCUGCCCCUCUUGUUCCUGCUACUGUCCCUUCCUCCACUGCCCCAGACGCUGCUGCUGGGGGUGCCCAGACCCUUGCUGAUGGCUUCACUUCUCCAACUCCCCCUGUUGUUUCUUCCACUCCCCCUACAGGUCAUCCUGUUCAAUUCUACAGCAUGAAUAGGCCUGCCUCUCGCCAUACUCCUCCAACAAUAGGGGGCUCAUUGCCCUAUAGACGCCCUCCUUCCAUAACUUCACAAACAAGCCUUCAGAAUCAGAUGAAUGGAGGACCUUUUUAUAGCCAGAAUCCAGUAUCUCUUGCUCCUCCUCCUCCCUCCAUCCUACAGGUAACUCCUCAGUUACCUUUAAUGGGAUUUGUGGCCAGAGUCCAAGAAAAUAUUUCAGAUACACCACCUCCACCACCACCUGUGGAAGAGCCAGUCUUUGAUGAAUCCCCCCCUCCACCACCUCCCCCGGAAGAUUACGAAGAGGAGGAAGCAGCUGUGGUUGAGUAUAGUGAUCCUUAUGCUGAAGAGGACCCACCAUGGGCUCCAAGGUCUUACUUGGAAAAGGUUGUGGCAAUUUAUGACUAUACAAAAGACAAGGAAGAUGAGCUGUCCUUUCAGGAAGGAGCCAUUAUUUAUGUCAUCAAGAAGAAUGACGAUGGUUGGUAUGAGGGAGUUAUGAAUGGAGUGACUGGGCUGUUUCCCGGGAAUUAUGUUGAAUCUAUCAUGCAUUAUUCUGAGUAGAGCUCAGAAGGGCUGUGCUUCCCUCACAGGAAUAGUCAGGUCUUCCCAGGUUAUCUGAAGGCCCUGGGGAUUCCACUCCAGUGAAAUAGAAUGAAGGAUACAAAUGAUAAAAAUUACUUACUUUUUUGAUUUAUCCCCCAGUAUUAAAACAAAAAAAAGCAAGCUGAGUCUGAACAAAUGGAUCUUUCUGCCAUCAUUUGUACUAUGCUGAGCUGUCUGGAUUGAAAUAAAGUGACCAUUUCUGAAUAUGUCAAGGUAUAACAACGUAACUAUGUAGCUAAAACAAAUCUGAUUAAGACUGAUGCAGAAAAAUCUGGGAUCUUGCUCAGGAAUACUGUACACCGUUGGGAUCUCUCCUCCUGCAGAAUCUGUGGCAUUGGAUGUUCUUCAUUGCCUGUGCUAAGGGGUUAACCUUAUGGCCCAGUGGAUACCAUAGCCCCUCAUUUUCUUCCACUUGUAUGAAGAGGAGGGAACCAACAUUUAAAUACCAUUCUUAACCAUUUUUACUAUUGUUGUAGAUGGCUUCUUUCCUCUUUAACACUGUAAAUUCUGCAUUCUCUCAGCACUUGAGUGCUUCAGAUGAGUUAAUGCUGAACUCAACUUGCAUCCCUUCAUGUUUCUGUUUGUAGAUUAUAAGGAUGAUGAAAUGUGAAAGUCUCCAGCAUUCCAAGGGUGGUUAACAAUUGCCACAGUUUGAUUUUAAUGUGCUGCUGCAUGGGACUGCGUUGUUGCUAAUGACCAGUGUAUCCAUAUGUACAGUGUGGUAGGCUGGUUCAUAUGCUGAGGUAGGUGUGCAAAGCUAGAUGUGAAGGUUCCUAAGGUUCUAAAGAGACUGAAUCAUAGAAAUGUUCUCCUCAACAGGCAUCCUGAACCCUUGCCUCAGGUGUUGUUUUGAGGAGUAGGAUCUUGGAGGCCAGGCCAACUGUUACUGUCACUUCUUUCAUUAUUUAGAAAAACACUGUUCUUUUUUGGAAGAUAAUAGUGGUUAUUUUCAAGUCUCUUGACAGUUCCUAGGAAUAAAAGGCUUGCUACUGUGCUCUCUGAAUGUUAUUAAUGGCCAGUGUUAGUUGCUGCUGUGUCAAUUACUCACUUAACUCUAGAAAAGGUAAAUAUUCUCCUGAUUUUAUGAUUGGACUCUGAAGUAGCUGCUCUUAGUAAGAAUUUGAACCUUAUAUUUCAGACUAAGAAUUUAAUAGUGGGAUAAGAGUAAUAGGCCAAAAUACCCAAUCACAUUGAUGAAAAUAUAAUUGAGAGAAAUAAUAACAAAAAAUAUUUCUCUCCAAUCUGUACAAUAACAGCUUCAAAUCCAGUGGGUUUUGUAGGGCAGAUGGCUUUAAUUGUCACUACUGUAAUCAGGGUAAGAAAUAUGGAAAAAAUCCAGGAGAGUUUGCUUCUCAGUGAGUGAAUAUUGUAAUGAUGGGCCAGCUCAUGGUUAGGCCCAAAGUUGCCAGUGUGGGUUCUUCCAAGUCCCAGUGACUUGACCAGAAUACAGCUCUGCCAGGUAACUUCCCUGUGCUACAUUAAAGGGGAAAGGCAAUAGCUGUGUACAUUUCAAUUGUAGGCCUUGAAGUGGCCUACAUGAUAGGGUAGGACAGGUAGUAGAGGAACUUGAUUGAAAAAUGAACAAGUAUAGUAGUAUAUGAGGAAAUGCAGAUGAGUGUAGGCAGAAGUUAAUAUUUCACUUGCAGAUUUGUUAUUUGAGCAUAAAACUUCAUCACCAUUUAACCAAGAUCCAGCUAUAGUUUCCUUAUCAACUUAUUUUUGUUUUGAAGUUGCAGUUUUUAAAAAAAUACAUUGCAAGUUAGAUUUGCUAUUUUGUGUUUAGGUUUUCCCAACACUUUGGAUUUAGCUUUCAUUGACUUGUGUCCAGUACACAUUGCACGUUGUUCUUUUAUUAGGUCACCUCAACAUCUCUUAUUCCUUAUUUUCCUUCAAAGAGCCCUCAAUGUCCUCUGAGCCUUUAGUUCCAUUAUGGACCCAAAUUUGACUGCACGUAGAUAGGUUAAGCUCUUCAUUGUACUGGUGUAUAACAAGGAAAACUGAUUCGAAAAUUAAAUAUUCCAAUUAUUUAUUUAAAUAGCUUCUUUCUGAGACAGCUUAGUGGAUUAAUAAGGCAGAGGGUGUUUUGAAAUUCAACAAAUAGUUCCCACAGCUCAUCACUAAAGAAGCAGAGAAGACAACUGUGCAGAAAGCAAAGUUUGUGGCAGUGAGCGGGAAUGCAGCUUGCCUGUUGGACCCCUGCUGGAUUGGGGAGUGCAGAAGACACUAACGUCCAUUAUACUGAAGACCUGCAGUGGGGGGAAUCCAUGGGUCAGCUGAUUUUUUCCCUGUAUUAUUUAGUACUAAUGUGUGUGUGUGAUUUUUGUUUUAUAAACAAUACCUGUUGGAUUUUCUGCAUAUUUUGAAUUUUUGUAUAGUUUUGAAUUCUGUAGAUUGUCUUGGAAGGAUACUGUGUAAUGAUGAUGGGCCAGGCCUAUAGUAAUUGGAGACUUUUAAUGUAUGUAAUAUUUCAUAGAUUGCAUGCUAUUAAUAGUCUGUGAGGGUAGUAUUUCCUGUUUUAUUGUAAGUUUCCCCAUUUAUCUUUUUAUAAACUAGAAGUUGGUUGGCAUUAGGAAUUCCAAGUGAAUGCAGAAAAUCUUACAUGCUACAUACUGUUAAUAUUGUAGCAGAUAAUCCGAGUCUAAAAUCUGCUGACCAGUAAGCAACCAUUUUAUCAGUAUAGAGGGAAUAUAAUGGGAAAGGGCAUUCUUUCCUUUUGAAGUGUUUCCUUUUGAUUGUGUUUCUAUUCCCCUUCCUUUUUUUUUUUUUUUUUUUUUUUUUUUAAGAGUGACUGAAUAGUUGUCUCUUUUUCUUUUUUGGUAUUAAUAUUUGAAAGUCCAUGUGGAUAUAAAUGAAAAUACACUUUCUUGUUGUCUUUGACCUUAUUAUGGCCAAGGCAAUGAACCAGAAACAGAAAAAUAGUGCCAAUAUGUCAAAAUCUAGACCUGAGAGAUUCAGCCUGCUGUGUUUGGAAUAAAUAUGAAUCUUUUAAGCUGUCUUGUUUAGUAUUUUCCAUCUUUUGACUACUUCCUUUCUAUGUCCUUCAGAAGCACCUGCUGUUCCCAUCUCAGGAUUGGCAAGGGCCUGCACAUUUUGCUAAAUGUUCCUAAAAGUCAUUGGGUAUGAGACGUUUUCAACCUCUCCUUUCUUUCCUCUUGCUAUUCUUUAUUAUCUAGCUGGAGAGAAUGUUUUAUGCAUCUUUGCAGUAUCUGUCCUGUAGCUGUGCUUCUUAGUGCUAGUUUUAUUUUUAAUUAAGAUUUUUCUGUUUGGGAGUCAUCAAAAUCAUGGUAGUUUGCUUUUAUCUUUUUGUGUUAAUUUUUUAAGUGACCUUUCUACAUUAAGAACUGUUCUUUUGUCUUGUAUAAUCUUUUCUCCUCUGUGGAAAGAGCAUGGCAUGUCUUGAAGGACAUCUUUACCUUUGAAAAGGGUUUGGUGGAGGAAUUGGCAGGUGACUGCCAAGUCUUUCAAAAGAAUGGGGAUCUAUUCACUUCUUGGCUAAGAACUCCUGAUUGGUGUGUUAAGGUGAUAAUUUUCCUUAGAUGAUUUACUUAGAAUCACAGAAUAUUAGAGCUAGAUGAGAUCUAAAAAAUUUUUGUGGUCUCAUUUGACUGAUGAGGCAAGAUGUUUUGUUUUAGAUGAACAGCUAUUUUACAGUGGUAGAGUUCCUGACUCAAUGCCCAGUACUCUUUCCAGUGCACCGCAGCUGUCUUAACUAAAUGUGCUGUAGUUUUCUUUAAAAAUUAAGAGUUCUACUUGAUGUUUUCAGGAAUAUACUUGAAAAGAUAUGCCAUGGUUUGAUAAAUGCCCUGAGUUGUUUAAAGGAGUGUACUAAAUACAGCCUUAGUGAAAAUAAUCUUCAUUUACCCCUUCUAAAACUAUACUCAGCAUAAACACUUUUCCAUAAGGUGUAGUAAAAAUACUGGCAGGAGCAUAGCACAGCAAUCUGCCUUAUUUGAGAGAGCCUUAUAAAAUAGUUAUUAAAUGGAGGCAUUGAGCUCAUUACCUUUAAGUUUCCUUUAUGCUGAUCUUUGUUCCUGUUUUAUUGAGAAUAUCAUAAUUCUAAAAAGAAUGAAAUGACAGGGCCUAGUUGUGUAUAAAUGAUUCUUGAUAAAUAUCUUAAGAUUUUUUAUAAAAAAAAGACCAAAAAAGCUUAUUUUCACAUUAAAAUGAAACCUCUUUUGCAACUUCAGAAUUCUAUGGAAAGCAGUUUUUAAUCAUAUUUUGUGUCCAUGUACCAUUUUUCUUAAAAUGGUUUACAAAAAAGAAUGUAAACAAUUUGUGAUUUGGCUAGUUGUACUUUUUAAGCUCCCACAGGGAGAGCUGGUGGUGGUGUGAGUUGAGUAAAACCCAUUCAGGAAAACUCGAGGGAGCAGUCUGUUGCCAGUAAUGUUCCUUGUAUGUGCCAUUAAACCACCUCCAGAUAAGUGAGGAAACAUUCACUUUUUAAUUUUUUAAUUGUAUUUGGAAUUGUUGCUGUGUACUAAGAACUUGACCUAAAUAAAAUCCCACAAAGUAUA